CAUUUUCCUGUUUGUGAACAAUGGCGAACGAGUACACGUGUAGUCUUGAACCGAAAUAUAUUAAGAAAGCCAAAGAUGAGUUGCAAGAAAAUGAACAAGAUAGAUUAGAUUCUGUUGAAGCUCUAAGGAAAUGGGUUAACGAUCAAGACUACUUAAAAUAUGAUACAAGUACUAGAAGUCUGUUAAGGAUACUGAGACACGCAAAAUUCAGUCAGAUAAAAGCAAGGGAAACUAUUGAAAAAAUACUAAAGUUUCAGUUUAAACACGAGAAUGUUUGUAAAGAUAUCGACAGUCGUGACCAUGCUAUUCAAGAAUUUAUCAAGAGAGGGAUAAUUUUAGUUCUUCCCGGAUAUGACGACGAAGGCAGAAAGAUAUUUUUUUAUAGAGAAUCUGUACAACCAAUUACUCAAACUCUUAAAGAGUUUACUGUAGAAGUAUGCAUCAGAGCCUGGCAUUGUAUAUUUUAUCAUCUUAUGUACGACGAGAUGAUUCAAGUCAAUGGAGGUUCAAUAGUGGGAAGAGUUAAGUCGAUAGAUUUUUACAAUGCCGGAAUGCUAUUUGAAGCUGUUUUAGGGGUGAUGAAACCCUCAUUCAAAUCGAAACAAUUAGAAAGAAUAAAGACACACAGUAAUCUAGAGUCUCUAUAUAAGACAAUUCCACUCCGAAUGUUGCCCGAGGAAUACUUACCUGACGAAUACGAUGGACCUUGUCCUGGAUCUUGUAAAAAAAUUGCUGAGGAUACAGCAAAACUGGUAACUACGGAGAAAUAUCAUAAUAUCAUCAAGGAAUUUUCGGAUUUUUCGAAAAAGCAGUACAAUCCUGAGAAGAAGCCGGGCAAUAAUGGUGACACUGCUGGAAAUGCGACUGUAAAGACUGUGACUGCAAAAACGGAGGUAAAUGUUGCUGCGGAGACAACUGCAGUUGUUGUAAAUGCGAUCCAUGUACUUGCAAAGACUGCAAAUGCUGUCCAGGAAAGAAUACCUGUGAAUGUAAGGAUUGUGGUUGCAAAGAUGGAGGUAAAUGUUGUUGCGGAGACAAGUGCAGUUGUUGUAAAUGUGACCCAUGUACUUGCAAGGACUGCAAGUGUUGUCCCGGAAAGAACAAAUGUGACUGCAAAGACUGUGACUGCAAAAACGGAGGAAAAUGUUGUUGUGGAGACAAAUGCAGUUGUUGUAAAUGCGAUCCAUGUACUUGCAAAGACUGCAAGUGUUGUCCAGGAAAGAAUACCUGUGACUGCAAAGGCUGUGACUGCAAAAACGGAGGAAAAUGUUGUUGUGGAGACAAGUGCAGUUGUUGUAAAUGCGAUCCAUGUACUUGCAAAGACUGCAAGUGUUGUCCAGGAAAGAAUACCUGUGAAUGUAAGGAUUGCUGUUGCAGAGAUGGAGGAAAAUGUUGUUGUGGAGACAAAUGCAGUUGUUGUAAAUGCGACCCAUGUACUUGCAAGGACUGUAAAUGUUGUCCCGGAAAGAAUACCUGUGACUGCAAAGAUUGUGGUUGCAAAGAUGGAGGAAAAUGUUGUUGUGGAGACAAGUGCAGUUGUUGUAAAUGCGAUCCAUGUACUUGUGAUCCUUGCAGAUGCUGUCCUGGAAAGAAUACCUGUGAAUGUAAGGAUUGUGGUUGCAAAGAUGGAGGUAAAUGUUGUUGUGGAGACAAAUGCAGUUGUUGUAAAUGCGACCCAUGUACUUGCAAGGACUGUAAAUGUUGUCCCGGAAAGAACAAGUGUGACUGCAAAGACUGUGACUGCAAAAACGGAGGAAAAUGUUGUUGCGGAGACAAGUGCAGUUGUUGUAAAUGCGAUCCAUGUACUUGUGAUCCUUGCAGAUGCUGUCCUGGAAAGAAUACCUGUGAAUGUAAGGAUUGCUGUUGCAGAGAUGGAGGAAAAUGUUGUUGUGGAGACAAAUGCAGUUGUUGUAAAUGCGACCCAUGUACUUGCAAGGACUGUAAAUGUUGUCCCGGAAAGAAUACCUGUGACUGCAAAGAUUGUGGUUGCAAAGAUGGAGGAAAAUGUUGUUGUGGAGACAAAUGCAGAUGUUGUAAAUGCGAUCCAUGUACUUGUGAUCCUUGCACAUGCUGUCCUGGUAAAGCUUGUGUAUGUAAUGACUGCGAUUGUAAAACUGGUGGUAAAUGUAAAUGUGGAGAUAGCUGCAAAUGCUGUACAUGCAAUCCAUGUACUUGCAAAGACUGCAAAUGUUGUCCAGGAAAAUAGAAUGAAGUAA